UAAGCGCGGCUGCUUACUGAUUGUAGUUUGUAUUCUCUAUUUAUAAGCCCGUUCUUUUGCUUCUGCAUACAUUCAUUCCUGGGAAAUGGAGUUUAGUAGCAUUCUCCCGUUUCUUAAAAACAGGACUAUUUUAAUCACUGGUGCCACUGGCUUUCUGGCAAAGAUUUACAUUGAGAAGAUUCUUAGGGUUCAGCCAAAUGUGAAGAAGCUCUAUCUUCUUUUAAGGGCUGGAGACACUAAAUCAGCAUUAAGUCGCUUUAACAAUGAGGUUAUUUCAAAGGAUUUAUUUGGGGUUCUGAAAGAUCAACGUGGAGCAAAUUUUACGUCUUUUAUAUCAGAUAAGAUUACAAUUGUACCUGGUGAUGUUACUUGUGAAAACUUGGGAAUUAAUGACUUGAAUCUGUCACACGAGAUAUUCACAGAGGUAGAUGUUGUGAUUAAUCUAGCUGCAACUACUAAGUUUGACGAAAGAUAUGACGUUGCACUGGGGAUCAAUACUCUUGGACCUAUGCAUGUUUUGAACUUUGCUAAAACGUGUGGUAAAUUGAAGGUGCUUCUUCACGUAUCAACUGCUUAUGUGUGUGGUGAAAGAGAGGGAGUCAUACUUGAGAAACCCUUCAACCUGGGUGACACUCUUAAUGGAACAUCUGGACUGGAUAUAAAUGCUGAGAAACAACUAAUUGAGGAAAGACUGAAAGAACUCAAUGCUGAGAAUGUUUCUGCAAAAUCGAUUACCUCAGCAAUGAAGGAUUUGGGAAUUCAAAGAGCAAGAAAGUAUGGUUGGCCAAAUACCUAUGCAUUUACAAAGGCAAUGGGAGAAAUGCUUAUUGGAAUCUUCAAACAAAACAUACCCCUCGUCAUCAUCCGUCCAACCAUUAUAACUAGUACAUAUAAAGAGCCCUUUCCCGGUUGGCUUGAAGGAGUCAGAAACAUUGAUAGCUUUGUAGUUGGAUAUGGUAAAGGAAGGAUUAAAUGCAUUCCUGGAGAUCCUCAUAGCAUAGUAGACUUGAUUCCAGCAGACAUGGUGGUGAAUGCUAUGAUAGCAGCAACGGUGGCUCAUGCGGAUGAACCUGAUACUCACAUUAUUUACCAUGUUGGAUCUUCUAUGGCUAACCCCGUCUCUUAUAGCUCUCUUCAAGAUUUUGGACUCCAUUACUUCACCAAGAAUCCAUGGAAUGGUGAGGAUGGAAAGCCAACCAUUGUUGUCAAGGCUAUGCAGUUGAGUUCCAUGGCUAUCUUUCAAAGAUACAUGAAGAUUCGUUACCUGAUUCCUUUGAAGGUACUGUAUAUCGUGAAUGCAAUACUAUGUCAAUAUUUUGGGGAUAUCUAUCGUAAUCUUCGUCGGAAGGUCAUGUUCUUGAUGCGAUUGGUUGAACUUUUCAGUCCCUACAUCUUCUUUAAAGGAAUGUAAGUGUGCAUAAUCUUUUCG